AUGGCACACGUCCGCAAGCGCCAGUUUCAACCUUCGAGCCAGCCUUCGAUCAAGUCCUUCUUUACCACCGUCGGCACCAGCUCAGCGCCAUCCUCAGCGGCAGACAUCGACGAAUACGCACUGCCGCUAAAGCCCGCCUUGCCCGAUCAUGUCCAGUCUCUACUCAUAAACGUCGGCAUGCGCGUUCGCAAAUCCGUGCCCGAAGGAUACAAGACACACAAGUCGCUACCCGUACCAGCGACCGCCAGUAUCCCUCAACACCCUUCGAACGACCUCCCCGCCAGCAGCGCACCAGAGCUGUACUCCAAACCCUCUGAGCUCGCUCCCUUCUGCGGACUCCACAAGAUUGGCGGGUUUGGCUCUCAACCCACUUCCUCUGCUCCAGGACUGUCGCACACACAAACCACCAUCGCGUCUUCCAUCUCGACACCACAAACGCCACAGACGAACACGCGCAAGAGAAGCUAUGCGGACGACAUGGAAGCAGAACUCGACUCUUUCUUCGACGAUGAGCAAGAUCAGAACGACUCGAUGCUGGACAACACUGCUUUGCCCAAGCCAAAGUACCCUUUGAGCCACUCGUCAAUGCCCGAUCUCAGCGCAAAGGCUGGUAUUGUUAGCCCGCAGAGCAGACCCAAGGCCAGGAUGAAGACGCGCUCGCCUCACAAACUGCUCCACGACUUCUCUGACGAGGAUGUUGGCUUCCUUCAACCUAUGGACUGCGAGUAA